CUGGGAGGAGAAAUUUGGCAUUAUGGAGAUCUUCACGUGCGGCUUCGACGUUUUGGAGGCGUAGGCGAGGGAUUCGCUCUUAUGGAAAAAUUGGGGACAACCCACACUCUAAAAUGGACUGGACCACGACAUUACACGGUAACUUAAACGCUUAGUGUCGUUGAUACCUUGCCGUCUCCAUUGCCGUUAGCGCCGUCGAGGUGUCCGUUCUCUCCUUCUCCUCUCUAGCACGGACGCCGGACAUCUUCCUUCUCUCCUCUCUCGCUCCUAUCUCGCACUCGCACGGGUGUCUCUCCUAUCUCGCAGCAGUGAACUCACUGCUCGCAGCAUAGGCGAACCAGAGAGCUAUCCCGCAGAUUCCGUCGUCCCCCACUAGAGAUCCCCCCACUCUCCCCACCGACGCGAGAUCCGCACGGACGCCGGUCGCCGCUGUCUGGGACCUGAUUCAACAGCGCCGCCCGUGAGUUUGUGAUUGUUGUUCUUCAUUCAUUGAACUUCUCUCCCUCAGUCGUACCCUACCCCAACCAGAUUUAGCUCAUUGUCAUUGUUCAGUGGGUCCAGCAUGGACGAUUUGGAGCUGUAUAAUGACGCAGACAUUGUGAUUUCUUCGCCUCAAGGUGCCGUAAUUUCUUCACCGCCUAGCUCAAGUUCCUUACGACUAGUUCCAUUAGGUGGUAAUACUGCUAAUAAGGUCAAUGAUUGGGAAUCUUUUGUACUAUCUGAUUUUUGGGAUGACGAAGGGAGACAAGAUGUUCCAAGUGAGAUGGAGAUGUAUUCUGAACUAGGAUUGAAUGAAGAGGACAAGGCAAAGGAAAAUAAAAGAGAUGAAGCUGGUUUAGGAUGUACAAGUAAUUUGGAUCAAUCGGAGCCUAUUAAAUUUGGAGACAAUAGUGACGACCAACCUUGCGAGGACUUCCUACCAAAUGAGAAGAGGGUUAUGUAUGAUAAAAUGAAUCCGUCAAUGCAACCUGGUAGUUUGUUCCCCAAUAUGAAGGAAUUUCGAAUUGCUAUGAGGCAAUAUGCCAUAAAGCAUGAGUUCGAGCUUGGAAUCGAAGUAACUUCGACUACCAGAUACGUCGGAUAUUGUAAAGGUGGUGAUUGUCAUUGGAGGAUUUAUGCUCGAGAAGAAAAGAAAGGAUUACCAACCAUUGUGGUUGCGGUUUUGCAUGAUUCGCAUACUUGCACAUCCAGCGGUAGGCGGAAGACGACUACACCAAGCUGUGGAUGGGUAGCUUUUCACGCUUUACCACUACUCAUGAAGAAACCCCAGAUGGGUGCCAAGGAAUUGCAAGACACACUUCAAGGAGUUCACAAUGUGACUAUUGGUUACGACACAGUUUGGAAGGGGAAGGAGAAGGCAUUAAAAGAGUUGUUUGGCAGUUGGGAGGAGAGUUUCAAGCAACUAUUCUCUUGGCGGGAGGCAGUACUUGCUAUGGAGCCUGAUAGCAUUGUAGAGAUUGAUGUGGUUUUAGAGGAUGGGAAGUACUAUUUCAACCGAUUCUUUUGUGCCCUAGGUCCGUGCAUCUCAGGAUUUAGGGAUGGUUGUAGACCGUACUUAAGUGUUGACUCGACCGCACUUAAUGGUAGAUGGAAUGGCCAGCUUGCUUCAGCAACCGGUGUUGACGGGCAUAAUUGGAUGUAUCCUUUAGCAUUUGGAUUUUUCCAAUCAGAGACAGUAGAUAACUGGAUUUGGUUCAUGUCACAAUUGAAGAAGGCUGUUGGAGAACAUGGAGUACUCGCUAUUUGUUCGGACGCUCAAAAAGGCUUAAUGCAUGCAGUGACGCAUUGUUUCCCUCAUGCUGAGAAGAGAGAGUGCUUCCGACAUCUCAUGGGCAAUUAUGUCAAAAGCUACUUAGGUUCUGAACACAUGUAUCCAGCUGCCAGGGCAUAUAGGAGUGAAGUGUUUGAGCAUCAUGUCAGCAAAGUAAGAAGUGUUCCUAAGAUAGCUGAAUAUUUGGAUCAACAUCACAAAUUCCUUUGGUAUAGGAGUGGUUUCGACCCAUCUGUUAAAUGUGAUUACAUAACAAACAACAUGGCUGAGGUGUUUAACAACUGGGUGAAGGAUCAUAAGGACCUACCAAUUUGUGACUUAGCUGAUAAGAUUAGGGAGAUGACCAUGGAGUUGUUUCAUAGAAGGAGAAAGAUUGGUGAAAAACUGCAUGGUCUGAUCUUGCCAUCUGUUAUGGCUACAUUGAAAGCUCAGACUAGAGGGUUGGGCCAUUUGACAAUUGUCAAAAGCGACAAUUACUUGGCAGAAGUGAGAGAUAGUACAAAUUGUUUGACAAAACAUGUGGUGAAGGCAGAGUCGAGACAAUGUUCUUGUGAAGAGUGGCAGCACAUAGGGAAACCAUGUCAACAUGGAUUGGCGGUGAUUAUUGCCCAGGAUGUAAGGAAUGUUGGUAUGGAGAACUUUGUCGAUGAUUAUUAUUCUGUUGACAAGUUUAGAAAAGCUUACAUGGGAAAGAUUCCACCAAUUGGUGACCGUUCUUUUUGGCCGAAGGUGGAUUUUGCAAAUGAAGUAUGUGCACCAAUGGCUAAAAGAGGGGUUGGUCGACAAAGGAAAAACAGAAUCAAGAGCUGUCUAGAGGGUGGCAGUGGGAAAAAACGAAAGGUCGUAGAAACUGCUCAAGGAACAUCAAAGAUAAAAAGACAGUACACUUGCCCAAACUGUGGUCAACUAGGUCAUCGAAAAACCAGUUAUAAGUGCCCUUUAAAUGGAACAAAGAAAAGGAAGAGGAAGCCUAGGAAGAAUACCACUAAAAAUUGGAUCCCGAAAGAGUUGCGGACUUCAACAUCACAACCUAGUGGUCCUAAUGAAGAUGUAGAAGCUGUUGGUGAUGCAGAGGCGACUCAAGAUGCAGAAACAGUUGUAACAGACCAUGGUGCAGUAGUAGUCCGUGUGCCGGCUGAAGAUGCAGCAGUAGUCCGUGUGCCGGCUGAAGAUGCAGCAGUAGUCUGUUUGCAAACUCCUCCUAGUUCUCCACCAACAAGUGUCAAGUGGCUCGUCAAGAAAAUUACUCCGAGGAAAAACUUGAAGCGUGCUGCGCAAAGUCCGUAGAUGUGUGUCUGUUUGUGAGAGACUACUGAUGUAUUAUUCUCUGUUUGUGAAAGACUACUGUUGUAUGAACUCAUCUGUGCUUGCUGUUUGCUAUCUAGGAAAACACACCUUCUUGCUGCAA